AUGAGUGUGGAUGAAAAGAGCACUCUGUCUGGGAGCAUCUUUAGCCUGUUGCUGUGUAGUGUGCCCCUGAGGACCUUGCAGACACACCUCUGUGGGGACAUUUGUAUCUGCUCUCAUGCUGUUCCCAAUUUAGGCUCCAAACAGAUAUGCUGUGUGAUGUGGAAAGACCCAGGGCAUGGUGAUCAGAGUCCAUAUUGGUCAAGUCCUCAUGUAUGCGUGCACCAAAUUGCAGAACAAGGAACAUGUGAUUCUGUGACUAGGUCAGGGAAGUUCAAGUUGUCAGACCUUCAGAAAAUCCAAAUUUCUAAAAUGUGUGGCUUUACCAAGUUUGGUUCAGAAGAGUUUGAAGACACAGUGGCUAAAAAGAAGCUCAUUCCAGAUUCCAGUGUAGCCAAAUAUAUCCCAAAUUUUACUCCUCUGGACAGAUGGAUAUCCUCAGAUGAUCUCUAUAAGGAGAAGUUUACUCUGAUGGCUCACCAAUCUUCUUGGAUCUUCAUCAAUGAGAGGACAUUCAUCACCAAGGACCAGCUUGAUUCUUUAUUGAAGAAUUAUAAUACUUUUUAUGAAAAUCAAAAAAAUCUUCAGAUUUUAUAUGGACAGACUGAAGAUGAUAACCUAGUUGUUGAAGGAAUGCUGGACAUUUCUUGGGGAGUAAAACGGCCUAUUCAGCUGAAAAUACAAGAUGAGAAGCAAAUCCCUAUGUUGAAGUCACCAGAUGUCUUUUGCAAAGGAAUGACACGCUGGGGAGAAUUUGAUGACCUGUAUCAUAUUAGUGAGCUGGACAGGAACCAGAUUCCAGAGCCCGAAGCAAUGAGUUCUGGGGAAGAUUAUUUACCUUAUCACAGCAACACUCUGAAGCCUCAUGCAACGGAAGAGCCAGAAUCCCCCUUGCUCUAUCGGACCAUGAGUGAAGCAGCACUGGUGAGGAAAAGGAUGAAGCCUCCGUUGACGGACAGAAAAGACAGGCAGAACCACAGAGCUUCCAUUAAUGGACACUUUUACAACCACAGAACAUCAAUAUUCACACCAGCCUUUGGAUCAGAGACUAAAGUCAGAAUAAAUAGUUGCAUGACUACGGAGGAAGUAAUAAAGCAACUUCUCAAAAAAUUCAAGAUUGAAAAUAGUGCCCAAGAUUUUGCACUGUAUGUUAUUUUUUCAACAGGAGAGCAGAAACGACUAAAGAAGACAGACAUACCGCUAUUACACAGGCUUAUACAGGGACCUUCCAAAAUGAAUGCUCGCAUUUUCCUCAUGGAUAAAGACACAGAAGAAAUUAGCAGUGAUGUUGCUCAGUAUAUUAACUUUCAUUUUUCUCUCCUGGAAUCCAUCCUUCAGAGAUUAAAUGAAGAAGAGACAAGAGAGAUUGAAAGAACAAAAUCAAAAUUCAAAAAAGAAAAGUCUUGCAUACUGAAUUAUAUUAAAAGUAAACGGAUAGUAAAAACAGAGACAACAGUUUAG